AAUGGAAAGUGAAAACCCUUGUUCCGCUUAAAUUGGGUUCCUUCCUGUCCUGAGAAACAUAGAGACCCCUAAAGGGAAGCAGAAGAGAGAGAGACCCACACCCAGACCCCGCGAGAAGAGAUGACCAUGACCACCAUGCCAGAAAGUCUCAACAGCCCCGUGUCGGGCAAGGCGGUGUUUAUGGAGUUUGGGCCGCCCAACCAGCAAAUGUCUCCUUCUCCCAUGUCCCACGGGCACUACUCCAUGCACUGUUUACAUUCGGCGGGCCAUUCGCAGCCCGACGGUGCCUACAGCUCGGCCUCGUCCUUCUCCCGACCGCUGGGCUACCCCUACGUCAACUCGGUCAGCAGCCACGCGUCCAGUCCCUACAUCAGUUCGGUGCAGUCCUACCCGGGCAGCGCCAGCCUCGCCCAGAGCCGCCUGGAGGACCCAGGGGCCGACUCCGAGAAGAGCACGGUGGUGGAAGGCGGUGAAGUGCGCUUCAAUGGCAAGGGGAAAAAGAUCCGCAAACCCAGGACAAUUUAUUCCAGUUUGCAGUUGCAGGCUUUGAACCGGAGGUUCCAGCAAACUCAGUACUUAGCUCUGCCCGAGAGGGCGGAGCUCGCGGCCUCCUUGGGACUCACGCAGACUCAGGUACCUCGCUGCUGCCACUCCGUCAAGCAGGCUUCACGCUGCGGGCCUGAGCCCGGGGCUUCAUUUCUAGCUCACUGGGCUUCAGGUUCGAGGUGUCAGUGUGUGUGAGUGUGUGUGUGUGUCCGUCUCUCCCUCCCUCACCCAGGGUCCCAGUCCCCUUCCACCUUCAUUCUCUCUGCCCGAGCUCGGUCGCUGCUGUCUGUACACCGACUUUCCUGCCGCCUGGUCCUUAGACCCUGGACAAUCUGAUUAGGGAGCAGGAAGGAUUGCCCCAGACGUUUUGUUUGGGGAUUC